GAUCUGUCCUUCCUUCAGCACGGACAAGAUGAUGGAGAUGGGUCCGGCGGUGCGCUUCUGGUUGUUCGGCCUGCUGCUGUGGCUGCAGCUCGGUACAGCUCCAGCUCGCAGCCUCCGUACGGCCGACCAGGUGUCUGAGGCCGACAUUCAGCGGCUCCUGCACGGCGUCAUGGAGCAGCUGGGCAUCGCUCGACCCAGAGUGGAGUAUCCUGCGCACCAGGCCACCAACAUAGUGGGGCCUCAGAGCAUACAGGGUGGUGCUCAUGAAGGGCUGCAGCAUCUUGGCCCAUAUGGGAAUAUCCCAAACAUUGUGGCUGAGCUGACAGGAGACAACAUCCCCAAAGACUUCAGUGAUGACCACGGAUACCCAGACCCUCCAAACCCCUGCCCUCUGGGAAAGACAACAGCAGAUGGGUGUUUGGAAAAUGCUCCUGACACAGCUGAGUUCAGCAGAGAGUUCCAAAAACAUCAACACCUAUUCGACCCCGAGCAUGAUUACCCAGCCUUGACAAAGUGGAACAAAGAACGUUUGUACCAAAAACUGAAGACGGGACCAAAAAGAAGAAAAAGGAGUGUCAACCCAUAUUUAAUGGGCCAGAGGCUGGAUAAUGUGGUUGCCAAGAAAUCUGUUCCUCACUUCUCUGAGGAAGAAGCAGUGACUGUCCCAGCUACCAGACCAAUUCAUGACCUAAACUGAUGCAACAUCAAUGUAUUAUAGAAAAUAAUUUUUAACACUACACAUUUAAGUAUUUUGGUUUGCAAUCAAUGGGACUGUGACCUUAGUGCAAGUAUUGUAUUUUGUAAAUGCUUUGUUUUGUUGUAUCGCAAGCAUAUUAGUUGUCCAAGAUCUGGUUCCCAAUUAGACACAUGAUGCUUUCUAUGUGCUUUUGCUGGUAUUAUUUUAUCACGUGCCAUUACAAUGCGCAAACUUGGUCAUGGAAACACAAUUUUAGGGUGAUUUUUGUUAAACAUUGAUGGGCACUUGUGGCUCAACCUCAGAAAUUUGCAUGACAUUGACAAAUGCUGUUUUGAACGUUAAGAAAAAAUUUGACGCUCGUCUCAGAGAUAAAUUACUUGCAUCUUGCAUCCAAAACAUUAAAAAAAUAUUCAGAGUUCAGAGGCUUUGAAGGGUCGAUUGGCAAGCUUAGUUUUUAAUCUCGAUUUCUGAGUUAAAAUCUGUAAAUCCAUGUGUUUUUUUAUUUUUAAGAUGGAGCCACAUUGCAGAGUUUCAACCAAUACGCCCAAACUACGAGAAUAUAUGGUGUGAAAAUAAAUGCUGUUACAAAAUU